AUUGGAUAAGAAAUAGUGUAUUAUCGCUUGGCCUUGUAGUAUUCUUUAUCAGCUUCAUCUCAUACCAAUACGUCUUACGUACUUGACGUUUGACCAACCAUGGAUGAUGACGAGAUUUGGAGCGCGACGAAAACCAAUGGAAGAGGCCGGGGUAGAGGACGGGGUCGUGGUCGGGGAGCUGCUGUCGUAGCGCGCGCCGAAGAUCCCGACACUGUCCGUCGGCCGUUAGGGCGGAUACCUAACAGUGAAAAGACACCUCUCCUCAUCCCUUCCUGUCCGUUUGAAACGAGUCCGAGUGACGACGGUCCACCGAACUCAACGUUGGUAGAAGCGGUACAGCGGCUGUCUCUACAGGCAGCGACAGCAGACCGGCACGCCAGCACAGCAGGCAGCGGCGACAGCACAAACGCCCAGCCGCUAAUUGUCACCAACUUCAUACGGUUCACUCCGCCCGAGAACUGGCUACUGUACGUGUACGAUGUGUCCUUCACACCGGAAGUAGACAACCGGAAGAGGCGGCGUUCGUUUAUCGACCAGUUAUUCGGUCCGCGCGCCGCCAACUACACUUGGUUGUUCGACGGCUUCAAGAUGCUUUACGUCACAACAAGGCUGAGCCCUACUCAGAAGACACUGGAGAGGGAUGUAAAAGACUGGAGCGGGAAGAGGUACCGGGCCAAGUUCAUGUUGACCCGAGAGAUGGGACCGACAGACCCGCAAGCCACGCAGUUUUACAACCUAGUCUUCAGGCAUUGUUUGUUGGACAAGCUUGGGUACAAGCAGAUCCGGCGGUACUUCUACUGCCAGGAGGACUCGGUGCCGGUACCGCAGCACAAACUGAGCGUGAUGCCAGGCUUUGACACCGCCAUCACGUACCAUCAGGGCGGCUUCAUGCUGUCCGUGGACCUGUCCUACAAGGUCCUCCGGGAACAAACAGCUUAUGACCGCAUGUACGCCAUCUACCUGAAGAAAGGCAAAGGAGACUAUAAGAGAGACAUGUGCCGGGAAAUGCUGGGGAAGGUUGUGACCACACGCUAUAACAACAAGAGCUACACCGUCGACGACAUCGACUUCGACCGGAACCCAGACAGCACGUUCGAAAAGGAAGGUCAAAAGAUCUCGUUCGCAGAGUACUAUGCGCAGACCUACAACAGGAAAAUAUCAGACGUGCAUCAGCCGCUCCUUGUCAGCAGGAGGAGAAAGAGACGCCCGGGGAUGUCUGAAAAUGACGAGUUUGUCUACCUCGUGCCCGAGCUGUGCUACAUGACGAAUAUUGAGGACACCAUGCGGCAGGAUUUCCGCGUCAUGCAGGACUUGGCCACUCACACCCGCCCCGACCCCGCCAAGCGGGCCAAGAUGGUGCUGGAUCUGGUAAAGAAGCUCAACAGAACCCGAGCCACGAGGAACGAGAUGGAGAAGUGGGGCAUGAAGGUUGAGCCCAAACUGCUAAACGCCCCGCGACUGGAUCUGGGGAGGCAGACCAUCCUCAUCGACGGGCAGCGGUGCGAUCCGGGCGCUAAAGCGGAGUGGUCGGGGCACCUGCGGCGGACCCAGGUCAAAGGCCUGCCGGUGUUGAAGACCUGGUUCGUGGUGUGCCCCGAGGCCAUCAUGGAGGCUGCCUCCAUAUUCAUCGGGAGCUUUAAACAGGAUGCCCCCAGGAUGGGUUUUGAGGUGACGACCGAGAGGAUCGCGCGGCUGCCAGAUGAUCGCGUCAUCACGUACAUCAGCACCCUGACGCAGCUCGUGCAGGAGGUCAAGGACCUGCAGAUGUUGGUCUGCAUCGUGCCGAACGACAACAAGGAGCGGUACGACGCCAUCAAGAAACUGUGCUACGUGGACUACCCUGUUCCCUGCCAGGUGAUUACACGUGGAAAGCUGAGGGGCAACACACAGAAGACGCGGUCUAUCUGUACCAACAUCGCCUAUCAGAUUGGAGUGAAGCUAGGCGGCGAGCUCUGGCAAGUUGACCUACCCACUCCCGCACGAAGCACCAUGGUCGUGGGGAUAGACGUGUUCCAUGACUGCGCCGACCAGGCCAAGAAACUCUCCCGGGUUGGCUUCGUGGCCACGACUAACGCCACGUGGACGAGGUAUUACUCGGCCACGGAGAGGCAGGGGCAGGGGGAGGAGGUGAUACCGAGCAUCGGGAAACUGUUCUACGCCGCCCUGAAGAGAUGGUACGGCAUGAACGAACAGAGGCUGCCUGGCCGAAUCCUCGUCUUCAGAGACGGAGUUGGAGACUCUCAGAUGACCAUGGUGAAGGAAAUGGAGAUCAGUCAGCUGAAGAUGGCUGCAGACAUCUUCAUCAAUGAUAUGGUUAACAGUGGUGAGACUGAUGUCAAGAUGCCAAAGUUCACGGUCAUUGUUUGCAAGAAAAGAAUCAGUGCGCGGUUUUUCAUGGCCGACAAGGGCGGAUACCUGUCCAACCCAACUCCUGGCACCACAAUCUCCGCAUCCGUCACUCGAAUGUACGAGGACGAAUCAUGGAGCAACUUCUACCUAGUGUCCCAGUCUGUGCGGCAGGGAACGGUUGGCCCCACCCACUACGUGGUCAUUGAGAACGAGCCUACCAGUGAGGGGAAGACGAUACCUGUGCAGAUGUUGCAAAAGAUCACUUACAAGUUGACGCACCUGUACUUCAACUGGCCCGGAACCAUCAGGGUGCCGGCGCCCGUCCAAUAUGCACACAAGCUGGCUUUCCUGGCAGGGCAGCAUCUACACAGGGACCUGCGAUACGAUCACCAGCUGGCUGAUCUGCUGUUCUUCCUGUGA